AUGGCAGAAAAUGCCGCACCGCUUGGCUUGCGAACCGUUGUAGAUGCACUUGCAGUCGAGGACCCAGGAUUUACAAUCUGGAUUGCACUCGAGGCGGGCUGUGGAGGCAUCGGCGCAGGGUCCAAGGUUUCGCCACUCCCUUCUUGGACAACGCGCAACCUGUCGAUGGAGACUGGAGCAGCGGUUCGCUCUGCGAUACCAAAACGUUCCACGGCGCAGACGACUGCAAGUCUAAAGCAAGAGCAAACUGCUCAAGACUCACCCGCAUACGAUGCUUCCGACGAAGAUGCGUCGGAUAGAACAGAAGGGGAUCCUCUAGCUGGCCACAAUCAAAACCUGAGACCUCUAGGACGCUCGAAACAGCCAAAGUCGGGAUCGCAUGCGUCGCAUCUUAGCCAUCUUGUCGACUCAGAUACAGGUACAGAUUCCCCCACGUACGAUGGUGACAUAGAAUCCUCGACAAACACGGCAAAACAACCAAUACAUCAUCGCUCACUGCUCUCGAUAAGUAGCUCCACCGACGCGGACGGGUCGCCAACGUCGACCCCAAUGCUGACCCCGUCCGCCUCCUCUGCCACUUUGCAUCAAACCGAAGACCACAAUCAUCUUCAGGUACCUCAUCCUGGGAUGGUUUCAGAACCCGCUCCCGUUCCCAGCGCGUCCUCACAUUUCGAUCCGGCCUCUCUCACUCCAGAAGACAUUCAAGCCUUUGUCAAGCGUGCAGUUGAGGGAGAACCAGGUCGCAAAUACACGAUCAAUAAGCCACCUACGGAUCGACCUGUACGCAUCUAUGCAGAUGGUGUCUAUGACCUUUUUCACUUUGGCCACGCACUCCAAUUACGCCAAGCCAAGUUGUCAUUCCCAUCUGUCCAUCUGAUCGUUGGUGUUUGCUCCGAUGAGCUCGUAUUGGAGCACAAAUCGCGCACCGUCAUGACACACUCUGAACGUUGCGAAUCGGUUCGCCAUUGCCGAUGGGUCGAUGAAGUGGCGGAAGAUGCUCCAUGGGUGAUUGAUGAAGACUUCAUCAAAAAAUACCAUAUUGACUAUGUGGCACACGACGAAGAUCCAUACAAGGGUGUGGGGACCGACGACGUGUACGGCUAUCCAAAGUCUCAAGGCAAAUUCAUCCCAACACGUAGGACUCCCGGUGUCUCUACCUCGGAACUCAUCGAACGCAUGGUUUCUGGUUAUCGCAAAGGUGAAUUCGACCGGAAGCUAGAGAGCAUGGGCCACCCAGAGCUCAAGUCGAGGCCUUCUACACCGCAGCCUUUUUAA